AUUUGUAUUUUUAAAUUAUCAAAUUUAAUUAGUAAUAUCUAAUUAUUUUUUAAUAUAAUUUAUAUUACCUUUAAUAAGUAUAAAGUAAUCUAUUUAAAUUUGAAUUUAUGUUCAAUCUUUUGGUCAUAGGGUACAAAUGCUUGUGAAACACUACAGUUUGAACUUUCUUUAAAUAACAAUCAUUGAAUUUAUUCACUUAGAUCCCAAUGAGGUUGUACAAUGAAAAGUGUAGUAGAGGAAGAAUUCAACAACAAAAAAUUACCAAAUAAAAACACUCAAGCUGUUAAAAAUUCACAGAUUAAAAUGUUCUCUAAAAGAUUAGGAAAAGAAAUUAUUUGUUUAUUUAUAAUUUUAUGCACUACCUACGCAACCUUAAUUAAUUUAAAAAAUGAUAAUACCAACAAAGGACCCAGCCCAAAACCAUUUUUUCACAGUAAUUCUUGCGUUGAAGACUAUUAUGACGGUGAUUUAAAAGCGGCAUUAGACAAGGCAUUUCAAGUUGAUUUAGCUGUUAUUAUGUUUUAUGCUCCUUGGGAUGUUGAUUCAAUAGAAUCUCGUGAAGCUUUUGAAGAAGCUUGUAUUAUAAAUAAUGAUGAAGUCUAUUUUGCUGCUGUUAAUUGUUGGCAACCAGAUAGCAUUUGUAAUAAAAUUCUUAAAGGAAAUAAAAUAUAUCCUAUGAUAGUAGCUUAUGAUUAUACCAAGUCUGGAGUACCUUACUCAGGACCAUCAGAUGAUGCUGCUUAUUUAACCCGUUUUAUUGAUUUAAUGAAAAGACCUGUUAUACUAUUAAAGAAUAAGUUAGAUCUAGUAAAAGUACAUAGAAAGUUCCAUAAUGUUUUAGUAACGUUGGUUGAUUUCAAAACAUCAGAUGGUUGGGACUUAUAUUCAAUAGUUUUAGGUGCAGCCAUCAAUAAUUUAAAAUCAGACCCUUUGCAAAUGUAUGUAAAAUGGUGUAUAGCAAUUUGGCCUAUGAACGAUAAUGAAUCAAUAAUCAAACUACACUUGUGGAAUCGUACUCUGGCUUACAAUCAUUCUAUUAUAAAUCAAGAAAAACUUGAAAGAUGGGUUUUACAAGAAACUAAGUUGACUUCAAGAUGGGUUCCAUCGCCUGGAAGAAGUAGAUCACAGUUAUUAGAAGAAACAUUUAAUUAUGGACCAACUAUGUUAUUGUUCACUCCUCAAAAUCCUUAUUUAGAUAUGCAUCCUACUUAUUCAAUGUUUCAGGCUUUGAGUAUUGAGUAUUUUAACUGUGGAAAAAAUAAUAUUCAAGGUCAUUAUAUUACUAAAUACAUAAAAAAACAAUUAAAAUUUUUUUUUGAAGAACGACCAAAAUAUGUUAAGCAAUGUUUUCAGAUGUUGAAAAAAAAAAAUCCUAGUAAAUUAAUGAAUUUACAAAAAAUACUAAACAAUACAUUUGAAAAUUAUAGAAAUUACAAUGCACCAGAAGUCACAUUAAAACCAGAAAAUAAUAUUUUCAAUGAAGCUUUUUGUGAGGUCACUCAAAGUUUUUUUUCUAAUCGAGCAAAAUCUUUUUGUUCUUUUAACGGUGAUAAAAGAAUCACAAUACAAAACAGAAAACAACAACCAUCUUUAAACUAUGAGAGUACUGAUCAAUUUAUUAAUUAUUGGAAUGAAAAUGAAUGUUACAGGUCAUUACUUGCAGAAAAAUAUUUUAAAUUUUCAGAACCACAGUAUAAAACUAAUGUUAAAGAAGCAAAUGUUUUUGGGUUGGCAUGUACAGCUAACAAAACUAUGACAUUCAUUGCUUUAGAUUCAAAACGAUUUCAUCAUGUAGCUAAAGGAUUUGGUAUAAAUUUAAACCAAUUCAGGGAAAAUACAGCUCUUUUGAUGUAUGAUAAGAAGAAUGAAAUAGCCCAUGUAUUACCCAAAGAAACACACAUAACUAAAGAAACAAUGGCUAAAUUUUUAUUAGAUUUUUUAGAAAAUCGAUCAAAACGACAUUUAAAAUUUUCUUCUGAUCCCGAGUUGAACAUCCAUUCUUAUAAUAGUAAAAGUACAGUCAAAGAUUCUAUUUGUAUUGAAACUCUAAAUUCAAGAAACUUUAAUGAUGCUGUAUUUAACAGUACAGAGAAUGUAGUAGUUUAUUUUUAUACAUCUUAUUGUGCAUAUUGUCAAGUCGUAGCUCAUGUAUUACUUACUGUAGCACAUUUAAUGAGAAAUGUAAAGGAUCUCAAAUUUUUUCGAUUUAAUGGUGGCAAUAAUGAUUUGAGUUGGUAUUUAACUGUCGAUGCAUAUCCUACAAUUAUUAUCUUUCCAGCAAAAAAGAAAUCUGAUAGCCAUAUUUUCCCUCGAGAAUCUGAGCUAACUUCCAAAAAUUUAUCUCAAUUUAUUUUGUCAAAUCUAUCUAUAGAAACAAGAUUACAAGCGAUGGUUGGGCUUUGCAGAAUGUGGGAUUCUUCUGAAAAUUACAGCAAACAUGUGCAUUAUUGUCUUAAAGAUAUUAAACUUGCAUGUGAUGCCAACAUAUCUCAAGCUUUACAAGCUUAUCGACGUGGACUUGUUUACAGACAACAAAAUAAAAAUGUUAAUCUUACACGAAUAUUUAAUAGGUUAAGAUAUCUGAAAUUAUUUAGUUUGGUUUUGGAUGUUACUCAUAACCUUAAUUAUAAAUCUAUGUCAAAAUUUGGUGAAAUUUAUGACUUAUAUCUUACACAAUCUUAAAUUCACCAUUUUGAAUAUAGAUAUUGUUAAUGUCUCGGUAAUCAUUAUUUUAAGAGACACUUGUUAUAUUCUGUAUAAUGUACGAGUUUUGACUUACAAGUGUUACUAGGUUUAAAUGAAAACUGAGUCUGUGAUAAUGUUAAAUGUUUUUUUAAAAAUGCUUUAUUAAAAUAAAGUUACAUGAAACGUUUAUAA